AUGCCUCCUCCCGGUGUGUGUCUGAACAUUAUGGAGGCUCGUCAAAAGCAACACGGUUAUGGUAGCUUCGCCAACCCUGACAGGUUCUUCAACCAAGACUACGAGCAGCUGAAACAGUGCUGUGUCGCCCAAGGAGUAAAGUACAUCGAUCAAACGUUCCCCCCGGACAGGAACUCCAUCGGCCAAGGGAUACUGACACCCUCUGACCUGGCCCGUGUUGUGUGGAUGAGACCAGAGAAAAUUGCUCCUUGUCCAGCCUUCGUAGUUGAGGGGGUCUCCAGGUUUGACUUUGCUCAAGGACUACUUGGAAACUGCUGGUUUCUUGCAUCUAUCGGAGCUCUAACAUUCCAGGACGACAUCCUUGAAAAAGUUGUCCCUCUUGAGCAAAGAUUUGCUAAAGAUUACUACGGGCUGUUCCACUUCAGGUUCUGGAGAUUUGGAAGGUGGAUGGAUGUUGUCAUUGAUGACAUGCUACCGACAAUCAAUGGGAAACUAAUCUUUGUUCACUCUAAAGACCAAAAUGAGUUCUGGCCUGCUUUGAUGGAGAAAGCCUAUGCCAAAGUGUGUGGUUCCUAUACCGACAUGAAUGCUGGAACUCCUGCAGAGGCUAUGAUGGACUUCACAGGUGGUGUUCACAUGUGUAUCAAUCUGUCAGAGCCCCCUGCAAACCUGUGGACGCUAAUGUGCAGAGCUGGCUUAUCCAAGUCACUGAUGGGCUGUGGCACACCCCAAGGGGAGACACCUGCCAACAAGCAAUUGCCAAAUGGGUUAAUCCUAAACCAUGCCUACACUGUCACGGGUGUGAAACAGAUGAUAAGCCGAGGGAAACCAGUAAACCUGGUGCGUUUGUGGAACCCUUGGGGCCGAGGAGAGUGGACUGGAGACUGGAGUGAUCGCUCAUCUCUGUGGAAAAGCGUGAGUGCUAAAGAUCGUGAAAUGUGCCUAUCAGUGAAUGAUGAUGGAGAGUUUUGGAUGACCCUGGAAGACUUCUGUAAGUUCUACACAGUUCUUGACAUCUGCUCCCUACAUCCCGACUUCCUUGAUGGAAAUUCCUCUCAAUGGAAGACCUCCAUGUAUGAGGGCAGAUGGGUUGCGGGAACAACUGCUGGGGGUUGCAUGAAUAAUAAAGACAGUUUCUGGACUAAUCCACAGUUUCGGGUCAAGAUUAAUGGUGAAUAUUCAGAAACAAAUGGAGAGAAAAAUGUGCUCAUAUCUCUCAUGCAAAAGUCUGACAAGAGGAACAGACACCUGGUCCAAAAUCUCCACAUUGGUCUUGCUGUAUUUGAGGUAAAUAUUAACCUCAAGGCGCAGAAGGGAAAAUUCCCAGCCUCUUUCUUCAACUACCACGCACCUGUUGCCCAAACUAAAACCUACAUGAAUGCACGUGAUGUGAUGGAGUUCCUUUUGCUAAAGCCUGGCGAAUACCUGAUUGUGCCAUCCACCUUCAAUCCCAAUGAGAUAUCCUCCUUCAUCCUGACCAUCCUCUCCAAGGAAGAGACCCACGGCUAUGAGAAUUCUGCUGACCAUAAGCAUGAGCCAGUCAGGAAGUUCCAAAAAGUCAUAAAUGUUCAGGAAGACGAAAAUAAGAGAAAGCUUUUCAGUCAAUACUCCGACAAGUUCGAAGAAGUGGAUGCUGAGCAGCUUCAAAGGCUUCUAAAUGAAAAAAUCCUGAAAGGUUUGAACUACUUGAAAUCUGGAGGCUUCAGCAUUGAUGCCUGUCGCAGCAUGGUUGCUCUGAUGGAUACAUCAAUCACCGGCAAACUGAACGGUGAGGAAUUUGUCCGUUUGUGGAGAAAGGUCAACACAUACAAGGACAUUUUCUUCCACACUGAUGUUUCGCGAACUGGAACACUGUCACUGAGUGAGCUGAGGAACGCUUUCUUAGCUUCAGGAAUCAGUAUCAGCGAUGACAUGCUCAAUUUGAUGGCUCUGCGCUACGGGGCCUCCUCUGGACACAUGACGCUGGAGAGCUUCAUCAGUCUCAUCCUUCGCUUGGACUGCAUGUACAAAAUCUUUAAACAACUGUCUAAUGGAAAAUCCAUGAAUCUUCAUGAGUCAGAGUGGAUCUACAUUUCAAUGUACACUUAACCCAACAAGGGAGAUGGAUGGUACAAAAUCAUCAUGAAAUAGAGGAGUACAUAUUUCAAGAGUGUUUUCCUUUAAUUUGCCAAAUUGAAUAUUAGAAAACAAAGAUGUAUUCCUCUGCGAAUGAGCCAUUACACACUAUCUAACUAAAGAGCAUUUUCUUUUUACUACUUUGUUAAUGCAUUGCAUUGUGAAAACAUUACAUAAUUACAUUACAUAACAAUCUUAUAACAAAAAGCAGAAUCUUAUAACAUGUUGAAAUGAUAGACUGGAUUUUUGAAUUGUAAUUAUAAUGUUUGAUUAUCUCAUCAUUAAGUGCUUUAGAAAACGGACACAUUAUACAAAUACAUUUGAGGUUUCAGUACAAACUACACGACAUGGCUUUAUUUUUACUGCAAAAACUAUGUAGACUAAAAAUAUGUGAGAUUGUGUGUACCUGUAAAGGAUUGGAGUGUGAUUUGGGCUGUGCACCUUUAUCAUAUGUCAACCGCCUGUUUUCUGCAAUCAAUUAUUAAUUAAUAAUAGUAGUUCAUUAUUAACAAAUCAAUUUUAUCACAGAGAAGAAUAUCAACCUUUAAUCCCAUUUAUUCAGUCGAAACCCAAAGGUCUUUCUUUUUUUUAUUGGAAAAGCACCCUAAGGUCAAGUUUACUAAUCACAUUAGUAUGCAAGCGUGUAGUGUUUAACUUGACAGUGAUGGGUAAAAUAAUUCAUUUAAAUCUUAAUGAAUAAUUUCUUGCUCCAUGAGAUUUUUCAAUCACAAAGUGUUACAAUGUAAAAUUAAACUACAUGGGAAAAUGCCCAUUUUCUGUGCUCUUUCAGCAAAGAACUGAGAAGUAUGAGGUUCUCCUCUUAAACUAUUAGAUGUUGCAAAGAAAGGUUGAAUGUUAAUUCAAAGGUGGAAGUCUAGUCUGGUUAGGUUUUCAUAAAGACUUUGCCACUUAGUUCACAGGUAUUGUUGCAUUCCUGCUCUAUUGUGGCUGAAAGCAGCACAGGGUACAAUCUGAAUAUUUUUUGAAUUUAAAAUUGUUGAACGAGAGUAUGUGAAAAUCCAAAUAACAAUUAAAAAUUAUU